AGUGGAGGAGGACCAGAGAGGAGGACAGACAGGAGCAAGAGUAGAGAGGAGGACAGGUUUUUGUUCAUGGUGGUGUCUGAUCUUUUGUAGUUCAAUCCUUGUUCGCUGCUGGUUCUGGUUCUGGUUCCUGUUAAACCCUCAGUGACCUGAUGGUGUCAUCAGACUGGACAUCACUGAUCAUUUCUGAAGAUGAUUGGUCGACUGAUGAGCAGCUUAUUGAUCUGAUGGGCUUAUUGGGCUUAUUGGGAUUAUUGGGAUUAUCGCCAGAGAAACAAACUUUAACUGUUCAAGUCUGACACGACGCCAACACCAUCAGCAGGAGACACUCCACCUGGAGGAGACACUGUCAGGAGGAGACUGUCCAUCUGGAGACCGUCCAACACCUGGUCUUUGUGGAGAUGCAGCUCAGCAGCAGGUGAAGAUGUCCUCUGGUCUUCAUGUGGUGGAGGUGGAGGUCCAGAAGGAUGGGGUCUGUGGUGGACAGGUGGAGGUGAAGGCGGAGCUGUCCGAUGGAAGUGUCCUCCUGCUGAAGAGGACGGAUGAAGAUUUAGCCUGGAUGAUGAAGAAGCUGGUGGACAGUUUCCCUGACGACAGAGAGACUCUGUCCUCCAGACUGCUGAACGCUUUGUUGAAAGUUCGAGCUGCAGAACAAAGUUCAGAUCCUCAAGUGAAGGUUCAGGAAGUAAAUAGACUUUUGAACAUCAUCAUCAACCUGCCCUGCAAGAUUUCACAGUCAGAGCCGGUGCUCGCAUUCUUUGAACCCGGUAAAGUCGACCAGACCUUCAGAAAACAGGGCCAGAACCUCAGGACUGAAGACCAGAUCCAGAGGACUGGAGACCAGACCCUCAGGACUGAGGAACAGAUCCAGAGGACUGAAGACCAGACCCUCAAGACUGAAGACCAGAUCCAGAGGACUGAGAACCAGACCCUCAGGACUGAAGACCAGAUCCAGAGGACUGAAGACCAGACCCUCAGGACUGAAGACCAGAUCCAGAGGACUGAGAACCAGACCCUCAGGACUGAAGACCAGAUCCAGAGGACUGAGAACCAGACCCUCAAGACUGAAGACCAGACCCUCAGGACUGAAGACCAGAUCCAGAAGACUGAAGACCAGACCCUCACGACUGAAGACCAGAUUGAGAAGACUGAAAACCAGACCUUCAUAAACAAGGACCAGACCAAAGGUGCUGAUCAGACCUUCAGACCUGAGGAGGACCUGGAGUCCAGGGUGUCCCGAAGUCUGGGACAUUCAGAGGUCCUGAGAUCCAACGGUUUCUGUUUGGCAAACACUGAGACCAUCCUGUUUGACCUGACUCCGCCCACACAGGAAAUCAGCCAAUCAGAUGAUGCCACAGGAAGACGACCCAGUGUCCAGCCUCCUGCCUGUCUUCAGCUCUGUCAUCCGUCUGUCUCUCCUCAUCUUCUUCGUGGUUUCACAGGGAUGAUGGGGAGGCUGGUGAAGAGGCGGAGCUUCAAGCACAGGAUGAACCCGCCUCAUUCCUGUAUUCCGUCGACCUGAUGUCCUACCUGCAGCUGUCCUGUACUCUGCUGGACUCUCCGGAGACGGAUAUCCUAGACUGAGGACAGACCAGGACGGGAAGGACAAACUAGGCAAAGCAAUGAAGAAGACAAACCAAACAAUGAACAGAAAAACACCUGUGGACUCAUGAAUGGACUAUGAAUGGACACAUGAAUGGACUAUGAAUGGACUCAUGAAUGGACUAUGAA